AAUCUUUUUCUUUCUGUAUUAUUGUAUUUACCAGAUACAUACUCCUUAACAAUUGAAACCAUGUCUUCCAUUGAACAAAAAACAGUCAGCACCAUCCGUUUAUUGGCUGUCGAUGCUGUCAGUGCUGCCAAUUCCGGUCACCCAGGUGCCCCUCUUGGUCUUGCUCCAGCUGCUUACGCCGUGUGGCAAAAGAUGAAGUUUAACCCACAAGACACCAAGUGGAUUAACAGAGACAGAUUCGUUCUCUCUAACGGUCAUGCUUGUGCUCUUUUGUACUCUCUCUUGGUACUUUACGGUUACGAUUUGUCUGUUGAAGACUUGAAGCAAUUCAGACAAUUGAACUCUAAGACCCCAGGUCACCCUGAAGCCACUGACGUUCCAGGUGUUGAAGUUACCACCGGUCCAUUGGGUCAAGGUAUCGGUAACGCUGUUGGUUUGGCCAUUGCCCAAAACCAAUUCGCUGCCACUUACAACAAGCCAGACUACAAGUUGUCUGACUCAUACACCUAUGUUUUCCUCGGUGAUGGUUGUUUGAUGGAAGGUAUUUCUUCUGAAGUUUCUUCCCUUGCUGGUCACCUCCAAUUGGGUAACUUGAUUGCCUUCUGGGAUGACAACAGAAUCUCCAUUGAUGGUGACACCGCUGUUGCCUUCACUGAAGACGUUGUUGCUAGAUACAAGGCUUAUGGCUGGCACGUGUUGGAAGUUGCUAAGGGUGACACCGACUUGGAAGCCAUCUCUCAAGCUGUUGAAGAUGCCAAGAAGGUUACCGACAAGCCAACUUUGAUCAGAUUGGUCACCACCAUCGGUUUCGGUUCUCUUGCUCAAGGUACCCACGGUGUCCACGGUGCUCCAUUGAAGGCCGAUGACGUCAAGCAAUUGAAGACCAAGUUUGGUUUCAACCCAGAAGAAAGCUUCCAAAUUCCAUCUGAAGUUACUCAACAUUUGUCCGAACUGGUCAAGAAGAACCAAGAUGUUCAAGCUCAAUGGAACAAGCUUUUCGCCUCUUACAAGGAAAAGUACCCAGAAUUAGGUGCUGAAAUCCAAAGAAGAAUCGACGGUAAGUUGCCAGAAGGUUGGGAAAAGACUUUGCCAACUUACACUACCAGUGACAAGCCAGUUGCCACCAGAAAGUUGUCUGAAAUUGUUUUGGAAAAGAUUCACGCUGAUUUGCCAGAAUUGAUUGGUGGAUCUGCUGAUUUGACUCCAUCUAACUUGACCAGAACCACUGACGCUGUUGACUUCCAAGCCCCAUCUACUGGUUUAGGUGACUACUCUGGUCGUUACAUCAGAUACGGUGUUAGAGAACACGGUAUGGGUGCCAUCAUGAACGGUAUUGCUGCCUUUGGUGCUAACUACAAGAACUACGGUGGUACUUUCUUGAACUUUGUUUCCUACGCCGCUGGUGCCGUCAGAUUGUCUGCCUUGUCUCACCAUCCUGUCAUUUGGGUUGCUACCCAUGACUCUAUUGGUUUGGGUGAAGAUGGUCCAACCCAUCAACCUAUUGAAACCUUGGCUCACUUCAGAGCUACUCCAAACAUUUCUGUCUGGAGACCAGCUGAUGGUAAUGAAACUUCUGCUGCUUACAAGUCUGCUAUUGAAUCUACUUCUACCCCAACCAUCAUUGCCUUGACCAGACAAAACUUGCCUCAAUUGGAAGGUUCUUCUAUUGAAGUUGCCUCAAAGGGUGGUUACACUUUGAUCAAGCACGAAAAGCCAGAUGUUAUCCUUGUUGCUUCCGGUUCCGAAGUUUCCAUCUCUGUUGAUGCUGCUAAGCAAUUGGAAUCUCAAGGUAUCAAGGCUGGUGUUGUUUCCUUACCAGACUUCCACACUUUCGACAAGCAAUCCUUGGCCUACAGAUUGUCUGUCUUGCCAGAUGGUGUUCCAAUCAUGUCUUUCGAAGUCAUGUCUACUUUCGGUUGGUCCAAGUACUCUCACGAACAAUUCGGUUUGAACAGAUUCGGUGCUUCCGGUAAGGGACCAGAAAUCUACAAGUUCUUUGAAUUCACCCCAGAAGGUGUUGCUGAAAGAGCUGCCAAGACCGUCCAAUUCUACAAGGGUAGAGAAGUUGUUUCUCCAUUGAACACUGCUUUCUAAGGAGGAAUAUUGGUAUACUAGUAUAUAAUUAUAAACUAUUGAGAGAAUUAAAUUGAUGUAGUUAAGUAAAUUCAACUGGAUGUAAAACAAUAAGCACAAAAUAAAAUAAAAAAAAUAAUUGAAUAGUGAGAGGAGAAAAAAAAAAUAAUAUCGAAAGAUAAGGCGAUGUCGAUCUUCAAUAUAAUAGAAAUUGAUAGAAUGU